AUUGCAGCAUGUAGAGUAGGCAACUACAAACAAUCUUUAUAGAACAAAAAAGUCAAUCACAUUGAACAUUAUGCCAGAUAAGCUGUACAAUUACUUCGCUUAUGUUAGAUUUACAGUGGAUGUGGUGAAGGAAGGCGUGAUACAGCGGGGAUAUGUUACGGAUAUCGCUGACGAUGGACUCAUCAUCGACUUCCAUCAUAAUGGCCCAUUGUCAACGGAAGUGGUUAAGUUCUCAUGUAUCCGCAUACUGCCAUCCAAAACAUUUGCCGCCGACCGUUAUCUUGAACCAGUCCGAAUGGGCUCAGAGGUAGAGGUACUUCUUCGAGACACAGUAGCUCAACCUCUGACCUGGAGAAAGGCCACUUUUGUGGGACUGGUACCUGACUAUGGAAAUAAGAUGGUGCCAGACGAAGAGGGUGCCCAGUUCUCCUUGGUCCGACUGCAAUCCAGGAAUCCAUUCUCUUUGGCCGUUGUAACUAAUCUGUGGCCGCCAUUCGUAGCCAGUGAUAUACGUAUCCGCCAGAAGCGACUUUGGCGAACGAUCUCAUCGAAAUCCUUCAGCAAAGUGACAGUGCCGUACACAUCAUAUUCAUGUACGAAGGCCGAUUGUCCGUUUCCAAAAUCUCCUCUUUUCUUUUAUAUGAAGCACAUCGACGUUAUUACCAAAUUGGUCUGGCUAGAAGGGACUGGUACGCUUCUUCUGUCCGCUGACGAUGUUAGUGUAACCGUGCUCUCCAGCCAUAAAACUAAACGACUGCCCAAAAUAUUCCAUCGAUUGGUUUUCCACUUGUGCGACCAGUUUAUGGAGCGAUACAUUACAAAAGGGGGUACCACUCGUAAGGAGAUAUGGCGCACAAACGCGAUCCAAAAGCUACUGUUUUUUCCCAAAUGGUUGGCUUCGAAAUCAAGUGUCGCCGGUGCCCUGAUUUUUAAGGGCUUAACUCAGGAUCUCGAGGUGUUUCCGACAUUACAUGCUCUACCAGACGUACUGCUGCGGGAGACAUUACAAAGUAUCGACAGGAUAUCACAAGAUAGAUGGGCUCUGAAAUGUGUCUGCCGGAGAUGGUACAGGCUUCAGUCAAGUCCCCUGGCAAAGAAAUGUGUAAUCCUGGAAGCUCCGGACCGCAUACGCAAUCAUCCGGUACAACUGGCUAAUGCAAUGCUUAAGCACACAACUCCAUCGACACGGAGCCUACUUCUGAUGCAGUUUUCUCCCAACCACAGUUACACGGCCAUACGAUUAAUCAAAGAAAUGCAGUUGCAUUUAGAGUUUUAUGUAUCCUACCGGAGUACAGACAGAGUACACUGGCGCAGUCAAAUCCACGACCUUGAGGAUGAACUGGCAUUCUAUCCCUCAGUCAGCAAUCUCCAAAUUUCCUGCUCAAUGAAAUCGAAGAGCGGCGAACGACUUACGUUAGAAAUAAUCGUGGCAGCGUCGGACGGAAUAAAUUGUCUGCUGAACCGUUUGGGCGGUGGUUGGGUCUACUGUUGCACGACUAAAAUCAUGGUUGACACAGUUAAGGGAAUUUCGCGUGUGCUCGAUGCGCUAAAUCUCCGCUGUUUCACACACGGCAAGCUAUCUGAGGCCGUGGACUGUCAACAAUAUUGGCAAUGGGAAGAAGGAGAACGGUUGAAGAAUGAUAUGCAGCGGUGGCCUAUAUGUUCAGCAGCUUUUGAAGCUUUAACGAGAGGGUUUGAGAAUUACUGUCCACCAAGCGAGUCGUACUCGUAUUGUCAGGAAACUGGAUUCCACCCAGACAUUCUGAAAGUGCUGAUCCGUAAGCCUCGUUUGGUGGGAGAAGAACAUUUUAGUUCAUGCGGCGUUCAGAGUUGGCUUCGAUUUACUUAACUUUUCUAGUUUACUGUUAUGUAUUUGGAACAACGGAGAGAGCGGCAACUUUAACUGAAUUAUUUACUACAUACGAUUAGCUGUUUGUUUAUCUGCAGUGUAUCUGGGUUUUUGAAAUAAA